AUGAGACCGUUCACUCUCAUUUUCUGUUUGAUUUCAACGACAUUGGCUCAGUUGCAAACCGACGACAGCCUCAACAAAACAUGUGCUAAGAUGAAUGGAAUAUGGAGACAGAGAAGUGAUCCACAGUCCAUCACCGGUGACACCUGUAGAAUGAAUUUCAAAGUUUCCACUCGAGACAAGGCCGACGCUACAGAGUUCUGUGAACUGUUCGCUCCAUGGAGACUCCUGGACGCUGAAAUUGUAAAGGAGAGUGAUGGACGACAGACGACCCAAUGUUUUGUUGAGGCUACUUUGGCAUGCAAGAGAGGAUGGGUUCAAAUGUUCGGGCAUUGUUUCAUGAGACCUAAUUCUGAAAUAGUGGCGACGUACGAUGAGGCGAAGGAAAUGUGUGACAAAAAUGGAGGAUACAUUGCAUUCAUGCAUCAUCGAUAUAUUCCAGGAGUUUGGAAAAGAUACUUCCGUGGAGUAGGUCAAAUCUGGGUGAAUGCCACGGAGACAUGGGAUCAAUACAUCCAAUCGACAGGGACAGUUGAUGGAAGUGCUCUUGCUCUUGCUUUCACUGGAAAACAUUUUGAUUUCUCAGUUCCACCGAAUUCUCUGAUUAGAAUCAAUCCGAAGAUCAAGUUAGAAGUUCUUUGUGAAUAUAAACCACCAGUAACAGCAGCAGAAAUCAAUUAUCUCGGAAGAAGAUAUUCUGAAAUUUAUUAUCCAAGCGUUUCAGUGAAUAAUGGAAUACUUGUUCGUUCUGCUUCUUCUUACACUAGAAGUUCAACUAAUUUAGAUGUUUGUAAGAAAGUCUUGAAACCAUUCUUGUUUGAUGCCAAUAGCCCAUUUGUUCCAGACCAAGGAAAUAUUGAUAAAUUAUCAGAAGUAAAGAUGCAAAAUAAGUUCCUACUUACUCGCUCCGGUGCUGAAAUGAAACGGCCAUCGACAGGAGGAAACCAAUGUACAUCUAUCAUACCUGAAUUCAAAGUUCGAGUAGACAACUCGAAAGUUGCUGAUUUCCCAGUAAAAACGAUUGAAGAUGACGACAAACCGACAUGCGAUAACAUGCUCAGUUCUGCAAUUGUUCAGUUUCCAGGCCAAAAAACAAAAGUGAAAGUUAUGUCUGAUAGUAGAUCACUUCCUAUUUGGUGUAAACUUGGAAAAUCGGUCAAAUUUACAUAUGAUCCACCUGAAGGUUAUAAUGUAUUUGUACGAUCAAACGGGGAAGUUGUUGCCCAUAAACUUUACCUAGAAGAGGUGACUUACGAGAUAGCAAAGAAGAAAUGUGCGGAAGAUAAGGCUGUUCUGACUGGAAUGGAUUCAAGCAAAGAGGCAGAGGAUUUAGCAAACCUGGCGGCUGAAAAAAAUCUGUUGAAUGUUCAAUUGUGGCUCGGUGGCAGACGUAGUUCAAAAUGUCUAAAAAUUAAUAAAUACUCCGAAGACAGAAACGACGAAUGCGCUCGCCGAAGAGUCAUUCAAUGGGAAGACGGAAUCGCUCACAGUCAAGAAUUUGAGGAUAGUUGGUGGAAAAACGGGAAGACUAUCAACAAUCCAGAUUAUGCGAAUAGAAAUCAAGAAUGCCUGACGUUUGUAUACGGCACUCCAGGUUGGGCGGAUCCAGACAGUCCUGGAUUUUUGGAUGAUAUCGGAUGCGAUGGAGAACUUGGAUUCUUUUGUUCGAAGAUGGUUGAAGUGAAGAUUGUAGAAGAAUAA